AUGGCGGCCGGCACAGCGACAGAGUCGACGCAACUUAGUGACAAUAUAUACUGGAUAAAAACUGAAAAUGAAGAAAUUGAGUGCAAAGAUAGUGAAUUUAAAGCGAAGUUUAAUGAACAAUUAAUUAGUUUUUAUGAAUCUCAAACUGUGACACCGAAAAAGCCGUGGACUAUGGAACGUAUAUUAGAGGUUAUUCAACAUGUCAAAGAUAAUAAGGCAGCCAUUCAGUUGGGUAAGCGGCGGACAUCGAUGCAGUAUUAUUGGGGUUCAAAAUAUGAUGUUUCUAAUAGUGACGACGCUGAAUACUUAAUAAUGAAGAAAAAAGAUUCUGAUGAUCCUAUAGUUCGAGUGAUACCAAUUGAACAGUAUUUUGAUUUGAUAAAUCAAUUUCACAUUGAACUUAAUCAUUGUGGCCGAGAUAAAAUUUGCCAGGUUAUUAAGAAUAAAUAUUAUGUACAGAAAAAGGCAAUUGAAAUUUAUAUUGCUUUAUGCCCGGUUUGUGAACUGAAACGAAGCAAUCAGAAAAACAAUGCAAAAUUAAGAGCAGCUAGUUUCAACAAUAGUGGUCAACUCGAGCUUAUUGAUUUGCAGUCUAUGCCUGAUGGAGAAUACCACUGGUUAUUAAAAUACCAAGAUUGUACUACAAAAUUUCUUUAUCUACGUCCGCUGCGAACAAAUGAAAUAACUGAAAUUGCUUCAGAAUUGGUAAAAAUAUUUUUAACUUCUGGCUCGCCUGGUAUAUUAAUAAGUACAAACGAGCAAAUUCUAAAUGAAGUAAAAAUAAUAUGGCCCGAUUGUAACAUAAAGCAUGAGAAUCCCAUACAUUCAUGCCGAGAUCUAGAUAAUCUGGAGAUAAACAAUACAGAUAUAACAAGUAUGCUUCAAACAUGGAUUAAUAACAAUUCAACUAACUGGUCUCUUGGCUGUCAUUUUAUUCAAUAUAAAAUUAAUACAUCAACGCAUUCAAGUGAAGAAAAGUCGCCAUAUAAUGCAGUAUUUGGAUACAAUCCGUGUAUAACUGAAAAAAAAUCUGUUGAACUUGACAUAAAAAAUGAGGAAGAAAAUGAAGGAACAAACAAUAGAUUAAAACGAGCUGCUGAGAAAACGAAUGAUGAAAUAAUAAAAAAAAAGACCUCAGCAAUAGUAGUUGGAGAUACAGUUAAUGUUAGCGUUCCCAAGACCGAUCGUGGACCUUUAAACACGAAGUGUAUUUUCGGAAUAAUUACUGAUAUCAAUAAUGGAGUGUAUCAAGUGGGCACCAAAUCAGGAAUAAUUAAGAACUGGUUCCCACGUGAUCGGUUGCAGUUAGCAUCAUCUGUUGAAUUUAAAGAGGAUGUACCACAAAAUUUAUUAACAUUAAAAGAAGCUGUAACUAAGCAAACGUUAUUUGGUGAUGAAGCAUUUAACAAAUGCUUGUGUAAGCCGUCAAAAAAUCAAUGCCAUAAUUUUAAAUGUGCUUGCUAUAAGAAAAAAAUACUCUGUAGUUCAAAAUGUCACUCUAGCUUGAUAUGCCAAAAUAAAUAA